AUGGAUUAUUGGUAUUUUAUUUUCAACAGGGAGACCGUGAAGCAGCACGGGGCCGGAGCUGGUGGAACCAGGAAUAUUUCUGGCACCAGCAAGUUCCACGUGGACCUGGAGCAGGAGCUGGCCGACCUCCAUGGCAAAGAUGCAGCACUCUUGUUUUCCUCCUGCUUUGUAGCCAACGACUCCACCCUCUUCACCCUGGCCAAGAUGAUGCCAGGCUGUGAAAUUUACUCUGAUUCUGGAAACCAUGCCUCCAUGAUCCAAGGGAUUCGCAACAGUCGAGUGCCAAAGUAUAUCUUCCGCCACAAUGAUGUCAAUCAUCUCAGAGAGCUGCUGCAAAGAUCUGACCCCUCAGUCCCCAAGAUUGUAGCAUUUGAAACUGUUCAUUCAAUGGACGGAGUAGUGUGCCCGCUGGAAGAGCUGUGUGAUGUGGCCCAUGAGUUUGGAGCAAUCACGUUUGUGGAUGAGGUCCAUGCGGUGGGGCUGUAUGGGGCUCGAGGUGGAGGGAUCGGUGAUCGGGAUGGAGUCAUGGCAAAAAUGGACAUCAUUUCUGGGACACUUGGUAUGUAUGCUUUGUAAAUUCGGCCCUUUUAC